AUGUGUGACGAUGGUCAAUCGAAAAAGGAUAUACCUAGUGGUAGUGCAUCUAGCGUUGACGAUGAUCAAUUGAAAAAUGAUAUACCUAGUGAUCUUGAUUUGCAACCUCCUGUGGCUCCUGCCCUACCUCAAGUUGUUAAACCCAAUCAACUUCACUCCACUUCUAUUGAAAGAGAUCAUGGGUUACGUAUUCAAAUACAUGAAUACCCGGUAAAUCAAAUGGAUAAGCUUAGACGAGCUUACAUCAAUUUGGGGCCUUAUCAACCUAAACUUUCCAAUUAUCCUAACUCUUCAGAUGGAAAGCAGAAUCGACAAUUUAAGUAUGAAUGGUUCAAGCAAUUUCCUUGGCUAGAGUAUUCUCCUUCAAAAGAUAAAGUAUAUUGUUUUCCAUGCUUUCUCUUUGAAAAUACGGUGGCGAGUCGUUCUUCACUUGUAGUUGGUGGAUUUAGCGGUUGGAAGAGAGUUAAUGAUUGA